AUGUUCAGCAGAAGUAUCAUAAGCCAGUUGCCUAGAACACUAUCUAGAGCCCUACCUAGAUCUCAAAUACCUAGUGGUUCUUCCAUAUCCAUAUCAAGACCAACAUUUAUCCGUUCUUUAUUUAUACAGACUGAAGAUACACCGAAUGAACAAGCUUUAAAAUUCUUACCAUCAAUGAAUAUUAUGCCUCAAGGUGAAACUGUGGAAUAUUUAAGUGGUAGAGAAGCCUUUUCAUCACCAUUAGCUAAAAAAUUAUUUGCUAUUGAUGGUAUUAAAACUGUUAUGUUUGGUAGUAAUUUUAUAACUGUUGAGAAAAAACCUUCAAUUCAAUGGAUGUUAAUUAAACCUGAAAUUUUCAGUAUAUUAACUGAAACUUUAACAUCAGGAGAACCUAUAUUUGAUGAAGACACUGUAUUACCAAGAGAUGCUGCAUUUGAUGAAGAAGAUGAUGAUAUUGUAGCAAUGAUUAAAGAAUUAAUAUUUACAAGAAUUAGACCUGCAAUUCAAGAAGAUGGUGGUGAUUUAGAAUUUGUUAAAUUUGAAGAAGAUAAUGGUACUGUGUGGUUAAGAUUAAGAGGUGCAUGUAGAUCAUGUGAUAGUAGUAGUGUUACAUUAAAACAUGGUAUUGAAUCAAUGUUGAAACAUUAUAUUGAAGAAGUUGAAAAUGUUGAACAAAUUGAAGAUGAAGAAGAAGUUGAAGAAUUGGAUCCAUUAAUUGGUAUUAAAAAAGAUAGACAUGUUCAUCAAAAUCAUCAAGAAGAAGUUCCACCAAAUUUAUGA